AUGACAACAGUCAACUUGAAAAAUGUGUUGUACACACGGAGUGAUGAUGGUGUUGAUUACGAAGAUGUUGCUUCUCUCACCGACGAUGACAUAUUAAGAAAGGUAUUUCGAACGAAAGAAGAUGCAUAUGAUUUCUAUCAGAAGUUGGAGAGGUUUCAUGGUUUUGGAAUUCGUAAGGGGGAUAUGUUUAAGGAUGGAGGUGGGAACCUAAUUAGGCGAAGACUUUUUUGCAAUAGAGAAGGGUUCAGACAUAGAAAACAUUAUAAUCGGGUGGAUAGGAUGAGGCUUCACAAGCCGGAGACAAGGAUAAACUGUGAGUCGAGGAUGUGCAUAAACCUUGACAGGAGCAAUAACAUCUGGAGGGUGAAAAAGGUUAUCAUGAAGCACAACCAUGCGCUCACACAUCUUGGCAUGGUCCACCUAAUUCCAAAUUUUUGGUCCAUGAUAAAAGCGGCAAAAGCUCAAAUAGAUGGGAUGCAAGGGUGUGGAAUUUCGACCUCGAAGACGAUGCAGUACCUGGUCGGCAUGGCCGGUGGGUAUUCUCUAGUUGGUUUCCUGAAGAAGGAUGCCUAUAACUACGUCGACAGGAGUAGGCCUAGAAUCGCCGACGAGGAUGCGAACUCGGCUAUAGUGUCUUUGGAGGAAAAAGUUGAUACUGACCUAAUGUCUAUGGCCUGGUAUAAUGUUACCGUGGAUGACAUGCUAGCAAAAUUACUCUGGGCAGACGGUGGUAGCAGGCUUGACUACCAGUACUUCGGCGAUGUUCUUGCAUUCAACUCAACAUAUAAGAAGAACAAGUAUAACAGGCUGCUGGUUAUUUUUUUGUUGUUGUAA